UGGAAUUUUGUCAGUAUAGCUGAGCCGUGCUUGUUGGUCCAAAGAUUGCUCUUCACGGACUUCAUUUCCAUCUCCAUUUCUUCACUUUUCUCUAAUCUCUCACCACUUUCGUUAAUAUUCCUCCUUACAGUACCACUGCCAGAUUUUUCAUCAAAGUUUUCUCUUCCCAUGCUUACCGGAAAAUCUCAUCUUGUUAAGUACCAGAGAUAGUCAAGUCUGAAAGAGGAAGAAGACGAAGAAGAGGAUGAUGAUGAUGAGAUUUCAUCAGUUUCUUCGUUCACAGUUAUGCCUGUUAGUUUCAGUUUAUUGUAUUCUUGCUUGCUUGGGAGACAAUGACGUAGCUGCACAAUUGAACGAUGAUGUUCUUGGUCUGCUAGUGUUUAAAUCUGACCUUCAUGACCCUUCUGGUCAUCUUGCUUCAUGGACUGAAGAUGAUGCGAGUCCUUGCUCGUGGCGGUUCGUGCAGUGUAAUCCGGCGACCGGAAGAGUUUCUGAGGUCUCACUUGAUGGGUUAGACUUAUCUGGGAAAAUAGGAAGAGGUCUUGAGAAGUUGCAGUAUCUCAAGGUAUUAUCACUGUCUCAUAACAACAUAACUGGAAGUAUAAGUCCUACACUUGCUCUUUCAAGCAGUCUUCAAAGCCUAAAUCUCAGUCACAACAGUUUGUCUGGUUCUAUUCCUAGUUCUUUUGUGAAUAUGGCUUCAAUGAAGUCUCUUGAUCUCUCAGAGAAUUCAUUCUCUGGACAAGUGCCAGAAAGCUUGUUUCAAAACCUGCUUUUCCUUCAUCAUCUUUCUCUUGCUCGGAACGUGUUUGAAGGAUCAAUUCCCAGUACAAUCUCUAGAUGUUCCUUAUUGAACAGCCUUGAUCUUUCCAAAAAUCGGUUCAGUGGUGGUGUAGACUUCAAUGGGAUUUGGUCUUUGACAAGGCUUAGGACUUUGGAUCUGUCAAGCAAUGCCUUAUCUGGAAAUUUGCCUCCUGGAAUAUCAGCCAUACACAACUUGAAAGAGAUGUUACUACAAGGUAAUCACUUUUCAGGACCAUUACCCUCUGAUAUUGGACUGUGCUUGCAUUUGAAUAGGUUGGAUUUUAGUGAUAAUAUGUUCAAUGAAGCACUUCCAGAGUCGCUUGGGAGACUUAAUUUUCUGACCCUUUUGAAGGCAUCAAAUAAUUUGUUAACCAAUGAAAUUCCUCAGUGGAUUGGUAACAUGGCAAGUCUAGAAUACCUCGAUCUCUCAGACAAUCAGUUCUACGGAACCAUUCCAGAUUCAAUCGGUGAUUUGAGAUCGCUGAUUUAUCUCAGUCUCUCGAAUAACAAGCUUGUGGGAAACAUUCCGUCAUCAUUGGUUUCUUGUACUAAGUUGUCAUUUAUUCAUCUCAGAGGCAAUGGUUUCAAUGGUAGCAUACCAGACGGACUGUUUGGCCUAGAAUCAUUGGAGGAAAUAGACCUAUCUCAUAAUGGGCUAAAGGGUGAAAUCCCUGCAGAAAUGAUUCAUGCUUCUAAACUAAAAUAUUUGAAUCUAUCUUGGAAUGAUUUUCACUCUCAAAUGCCCCCAGAGUUGGGUAUGCUUCAGAAUCUGACAGUUUUAGAUCUUCAGAGCAAUUCACUAUAUGGCUCUAUUCCAGAGGGUGUAUGCGAUUCAGGCAGUCUGGCCAUCCUUCAACUAGAUGGAAACUCAUUGAAUGGUGCUAUCCCAGAUGAGAUUGGAAAUUGCACGUCUCUUUUCUUGCUGAGUUUGUGUCACAAUAACUUGAGUGGUUCAAUUCCAAAGUCCAUGUCAAAGCUUACAGAGCUGAAGGUUCUGAAAUUGGAAUUCAAUGACCUGAGUGGAGAGAUACCUCAGGAGCUUGGAAUGCUACAGAAUCUUCUUGCUGUGAAUAUAUCAUACAACAGACUCACAGGCAGGCUUCCCAGUGGUAGCAUAUUUCAAAACUUAGACGAAAGUUCCUUGGAAGGAAACUUAGGUCUUUGUUCACCCUUAUUGAAAGGGCCAUGUAAAAUGGAUGUGCCAAAGCCACUGGUUCUUGACCCAAAUGCCUAUAACAACCAAAUGGGUAGGCCAAGAAAUGAAUCAUCCACGAGUACGCCAAGCAUCAUCCAUCGCCACCGAUUCUUGAGUGUUUCUGUUCUUGUUGCAAUUUCUGCAGCUUUUGUGAUCAUAUUGGGUGUCAUUGCUAUUAGCCUUUUGAAUGUUUCUGUAAGGAGGAGGCUGCAAUUUGUUGAUAAUGCUUUAGAAAGCAUGUGUUCAACCUCUUCAAGAUCAGGUAGUCCACCCACAGGAAAGCUCAUUCUAUUCGAUCCGGGCCGGUCAUCACUUGAUUCUAUCAGCAACCCGGAAAACUUGCUGAACAAGGCAUCUGAGAUAGGAGAUGGAGUGUUUGGAACAGUUUACAAGGUUCCUUUGGGAUCACAAGGUAGAACGGUGGCAAUCAAGAGGCUUGUGACUUCAAACAUAGUCCAAUACCCUGAAGACUUUGAUAGGGAAGUGAGAAUCUUAGGAAAAGCAAGACACCCUAAUCUAAUAGCACUGAAAGGAUACUAUUGGACUCCUCAAUUGCAACUUUUGGUCACAGAAUAUGCAUCAAAUGGAAGCUUGCAAGCCAAGCUACAUGACAGGCUUCCUUCAUCUCAACCUCUUUCAUGGGUUAAUAGGUUCAAAAUUUUGCUUGGAACAGCAAAAGGGCUUGCUCAUUUGCACCAUUCAUUCCGCCCACCAAUCAUUCACUACAACCUGAAGCCAGGCAACAUUCUACUAGACGAGAACUGCAGCCCGAAGAUCUCAGAUUUCGUGGCCCGGCUCCUAACAAAGCUUGACAGGCAUGUGAUGAGCAAUAGGUUUCAGAGUGCUUUAGGAUAUGUAGCACCAGAAUUGGCCUGCCAGAGCUUGAGGGUGAAUGAGAAGUGUGAUAUCUAUGGCUUCGGUGUGAUGAUUCUCGAGAUUGUGACCGGAAGGAGACCGGUGGAAUACGGAGAAGACAAUGUUGUGAUAUUGAAAGACCAUGUCAGGGUGAUGCUUGAGCAAGGAAAUGUUCUAGAAUGUGUGGAUCCAAGCAUGAGUGAGUACCCUGAAGAUGAGGUCUUGCCAGUUCUGAAGCUAGCUUUGGUAUGCACUUCACAGAUACCUUCAAGCAGACCUUCCAUGGCAGAAGUAGUUCAAAUUCUGCAGGUUAUCAAAACUCCUGUUCCUCACAGAAUGGAAAUGUUUUAGUAAAGUCUCAAAAGAAAUUAUGAAAAAAUGACUUUGAUGGGACCCAUUGAGAGACCCUUACUUUAUAUAUCUUUCUUGAAAGGUACCUUUUCUACUGUAGAAGACUUAGAUUCUUCUUCUUCUUCAUGUGUGAGAUAUAUCCUGUAACUUUGCUUCCUCAAGUACAGAACAAUCUUCAAUAUUGUUCAGAUUGGUUUCUUUC